AUGGACCGCUUCCUCGACAGCACCGCCGAUGACGGGAGCGGCGCCAACAACGGCUACGCCAACAGCGAGAGCACCGGCUCCACGCACCUGUUUCUGAAGACGGACGAGCUGGCCGACGUCCUGGGCGGGAUUGGCGACGAGAAUGGCCACGCCGCGGCGGGCUCGGCACGCGGCGAGGCGCACGCAGAGGCAAGGCGGGCGAGCGACUUCAACGCCAGCCUCGGCGCCUUUGCGCAGUCGGCGACCAGCAUUUCCAGCGACCGACAGGCGCCGAGUGGCGGCACGUACGACGCGGGGACGUGGAUGACGGACCCCACAGCCUCCAUGGCCCCCCUGGCGGCGCCCCCCACCACCGCCAAGGCGCCAGCGGCAGAGGCAACAGCGCCGGCAACAGCGCCGGCAACAGCGCCAGCCACCGCGCUCACACCGGCCUCGACAUCGAAGACAGGGGCGGCAAAUUCUCAGCUGGCGUCGGCGUCGGCGGCGGGCGACACCGUGCGACUCACAGUGCGCAACAACGUGUACGUCAGUGAGCUUCCAACACAUUGGAACACAGACAAACUUCGCAGCGUGUGUAGUGCUUUUGGAACUAUCAUUUCUGCCAAGGUGGUGCACGAUGGGGCAACCAAUAAGUCCCGCGAAUACGGCUUUGUGAUGUUUGAAACCGAGGAGCAAGCAGCUUUGUGUGUGGAGUCCCUCAAUAACUGUUCCAUGGCUGGAAAGGUCUUGUCGUGUCGCCUGGCGCAUGAAAGAGCGAUGCCGUCAUUUGCCCACGCUGAGGGUAUUUCGUGGAGUCCUGCUACGACUGCCAUUGCCACUCCCUCUCUCGGCUUCAUUACUCCCCAAGAAGUCUCACUUGAAUCGGCGCGGUCCCUCACUUCGGAGCCCUUCGAGGCGUCCUGCACAAAUUCACGUCCUGGACAUGACACCGCUGCGCUUGAUCAACAUGCGUUAUCAGGUUUGCGUAGAAGUCGCAAUGUGUUUAUUCAAGGACUACCCCUCCACUGGAAUACCGACAAACUACGUGGGUUGUGUGGCACAUGCGGAAGAGUCCUACGGGCCAAAGUGGUACGUGAUGCAACGACAAGCCUGCCAUGUGGCCAUGGAUUUGUGUUAUUUGAGACGGAAGAAAAGGCGUCUGCCUGUGUUGCGGCGCUGAACGGGUUUGUUGUUGAGGGGCGUGCACUGACGUGCCGUUUGGCACAUGAAAAGCGAUCCCCGUCGCACGCCUCCCUGUCGCAGAGUGAGGGCCUCACAACAACACCAGGAAUGCAGCCGCUGUCGUCGUCGGAGCGGACGUCUGCCGCCACUGACCCACUCGUCACCCCUUCAGCAAAUUACCUGGCACCCCUCGGAAUCGUCGAGACGGGAACCGCCCCUCCAAACAUUGCCUUCAUGCCUGUCCCAAACUACGCCAAGUGGCCCGCGGUGGGUGUGCUUCCUACUUGCACCGGAGGCGGUCUCCCGCAGGCCCUGCCGUACGCAGGUAUGACGGCUUCCCCCUCGUUUCUCGGCCCGGCCACCCUGGCGACGCCGCAGUCCUACGCUGCAGUCCCGUCGGCAGGGACCAUCCCGGGUUUUCCGGCGCAGCACGCGGAAUACAAUGUGCUUCCGGGCAUGGAACCCCACUUUGCACAGCUCUCAGGUAUUCCAGGCGCCUACAUCAUCACAGUGCCGUACGCGUCUCCGGGUAUGGCGCAGGUCGCGGGUGCCCCCGCCGCCACCGCCCUGCCGCUGUCGAUGGCCACGGCCGGUCCCCAAACGGGGGACCCCGCCGGCGUUUCCCCGGAGCUCGUGGGGGGCUACCUUGGGCGCCCCUGGGAGGGCGGGAGCUGA